UGUCGGGGUAAGUUUUUGAUCUCCGGCGCGGUAUUUGAUAUCCUUGUCAAACAUAUAAAAGUGUUGUGUCGACCGGGUUAGGAAGUCAGUGUUGAAAUAAGCGCCACGAACGAAACGAAUAAUACUAGUGAGCAGUUCAUUUUCGAAUUAUAACUGAAUUGAAUUCAAAAUGAAGGUUUUCAUAGCCAUCAUUUCUUUGUUGAUGUCAGUUGGGUCGCUCGUAAACGCCUUCCGAUUCGACGAUGGGGUCCUUGAUUCGAGAUGCCCAGCAUACGACAAUCCGAUGAAUCCAGUCCAUUUGCCGCACGCUCGAGAUUGUGGAAAAUUUCUUAAAUGCUUUAGCGGUCGUGCGUUCACGAUCGAUUGUCCUGCAGGUCAGGAGUUUGGUCCACAGAUCCAACGUUGUGACUAUCCCCAAUAUGCCCAGUGUCGCUCAGUGCUCGCUCAACCUGAACCAGCAAAUUUUCGUUUUGAAGAUGGUGUCAGUGAUGUUAGAUGUUCUCAAAAUGAUGACCCCAUGAAUCCUUUGCAUUUGCCACACCCGACGAGCUGCCAAAAGUUUUUGAAAUGCUUUAGCGGAUUGAGGUUUGAGCUAGAUUGUCCCCCUGGUCAACAAUGGGCAGCCCACCUUAAUCGCUGCGAUUUCCCUUCCAUCGCUAAGUGCAAUAUAGGUACUGCCACUUUUAAAGUAGAUGAAGUUGAGGAAGUCAAGGACACUGAAAUCAUUGACGAUAUCGAAGAAACUCAAAAUAACUUGGAGGAAGAUGUUCAGCCAGAAUCAGAUUUUGUGGCGAUCCCAAUGAAGGCUGAAUUCGUCUAUAAUUCUGGCAUCCCAGACAUUCGUUGCCCAAGGACAGAUGAUCCCUUCCGACCGAUUCAUUUGCCACACGCAACUGAGUGCGGAAAAUUCCAGAAAUGCUUUGAUGGUCGAGCUUAUGUUUUGAGCUGUCCCUCUGGUCAAGAGUUUGGAGCGAAGAUAAAUCGUUGCGAUUAUCCCCAAUACGCACAGUGCUCACUACCGAAGCGUAAAAAUCUGGCAAAGAGGCUCAGCAAGGCAGCGGCAUUCGACGAUGACUACUAUUAUUACAGCGAUGAAGAAUUUCCAAUGGAAUCAUCGGAGUGGACAGAUGAGCAGCGGGAGAUGAUCGUGGGCGUACUUGAUAGUCGCUGUCCAUCAACUGAUGACGAGACCAAUCCUAUUCAUCUGACUCAUCCGAAAGAUUGCGGAAAGUUCUACAAGUGCUACGAUGGUCGUGCGUUUCUGAUUCAGUGUCCCUUGGGGCAACAUUGGAGCGUGCGAUACGAUCGCUGCGAUUAUCCAAAGGUAGCCAAGUGCACAAUUCGUCCGUAGAGUGAGAAGCCAAAUGGCUUACACUGACGGUACCGAGAUGUUUAAGGUGUGGUGUUUGUAUUUAUGUGCAGUAUACUAAUUAGUAAUAAAACGGAAGGGCAUCGCAAACAGCUUUAUUUUUUAUCCAUCAAAUCAUUGAAUCGUGAAUAAAUUAUAAUAGUGUUUAAUAUUCUAUUCUAUUGCUGAA